UCAAGAUAAUUUGACAUCAACAUCAUCCACGACCACAUUUGCGGAGUAUGGUGUGAUAGUGGUUCGCUCAAUAUUUAAAUUCAUUUAAUUUUCACGUAAAUAUGACUGACAAUGAAGUACAAAACGGUCCCUCAGGGGACCAGCCUCAAGAAAAGACUGCGAAACAACUAGAGAAAGAAGCAAAAAAGGCUGCAAAGUUGGAAAAGCUAAAAGCCAAAUUGGAUAAAAAGAGCGCUGCGCCAGCUGUACAGAAGGAAAAGCCUGAGAAAAAAGUGAAAGAAACAAAAGAGAGUGCAGUGUACACAGCAAACACAGCACCGGGAGAUAAGAAGGACAUCGCGGGUGCUAUGCCCGAUGCCUACAGCCCGCAGUAUGUGGAGGCUGCCUGGUACACUUGGUGGGAGAAGCAGGGCUUCUUCAAGCCGGAGUAUGGUAGGAAGUCUGUCCUGGAUCCGAAUCCCAAGGGCAAGUUUAUGAUGAUAAUCCCUCCCCCUAAUGUGACGGGUACUCUCCAUCUCGGACACGCCUUGACCAAUGCUGUGGAAGAUGCCAUCACUCGGUGGCACAGAAUGAACGGUAAGACCACACUAUGGGUCCCUGGUUGCGACCACGCCGGCAUCGCGACACAAGUGGUGGUGGAGAAGAAGUUGUGGCGCGAGGAGAAGAAGACCAGACAUGAACUGGGCAGAGAAAAGUUCAUCGAGAAGGUCUGGGAGUGGAAGGAACAAAAAGGCGGUCGCAUCUACGAACAACUCCGUUCCCUAGGUUCAUCCUACGACUGGUCGCGCGUUCGCUUCACAAUGGACCCGGCAAUGUGUCGUCCUGUCAACGAGGCGUUCAUCCGGCUACACGAAGCUGGUGACAUCUACCGCGCCAACAGGCUCGUGAACUGGUCCUGCACGCUGAAGAGCGCCAUCUCUGACAUCGAGGUCGAUAAGGUCGAUCUCACUGGACGGACAAUGAUGACCAUACCGGGGUAUGAACAAAAGGUUGAGUUUGGCGUGCUAGUGUACUUCGCGUACCGCGUGGAGGGCAGUGGCGAGGAGAUCGUGGUGGCCACCACGCGUAUCGAGACCAUGCUGGCUGAUGUUGCUGUGGCUGUACAUCCGCAGGAUGCUAGGUACAAACACCUGAUAGGCAAGAGUGUGGCGCAUCCCAUAGUGGACAGGAAGUUACCCAUCAUUGCCGACGAGUUCGUCGACAUGAACUUCGGAACCGGUGCUGUAAAGAUCUCGACAGGCCACGACAUGAAUGACUACGAGCUGGGCAAGCGACACAACUUGCCGUACAUCACCAUCUUCGACGACGAGGGGAAAAUGCUGCCCAACUGUGGACCUUUCGCUGGUCAGAAACGUUACGAUGUUCGUCGCAGCAUUAUAAAGGUGCUGGAAUCACAUAAGUUAUAUAAGGAGACGAAGGAACACGCUAUGGUGGUGCCGCUGUGCAGUCGCUCUAAGGAUGUAGUGGAACCCAUGUUGAAGCCGCAAUGGUACAUAAAAUGCGACAACAUGGCCGCGGAAGCCAUAAAGGCCGUCAAGACGGGCGAGCUUAAGAUCAUCCCAGACGUGCACGAGAAGAUCUGGUACCACUGGAUGGAGAACAUUCGUGAUUGGUGCAUUUCUAGACAGCUGUGGUGGGGGCACAGGAUUCCAGCUUAUAAAGUCACUUUGCCUGAAGCUGAGGAGUUCGUGGACGCAGAAAGCCCGCAGGCCAGUAAGACGGCGCCGCGCCGCCGCCACACGCGCUCGGGGCGCCGCAAGAGUCGCCGCAUCCGAGCGCGUCACCAGCCCACAGACGCGCCCAAACACACUACUGUUACAAAAGAACAAGAGCUGUGGGUAUCAGCCCACAGCGAGGAGGAGGCGUUAAGCAAAGCAGCUGCCAAGUUCAAAGUACCCGCCUCAGACAUACAGCUGGCGAGAGACGAAGAUGUGCUGGACACUUGGUUCACUUCAGGACUGUUCCCCUUCUCUAUCUUCGGGUGGCCGGAACAGACUGAGGAUUUGGAGGCCUUCUACCCGGGAUCGUUGCUAGAAACUGGACACGAUAUUCUGUUUUUCUGGGUCGCCAGGAUGGUGUUCUUCGGACAGAGGCUCAUGGGGAAACUGCCUUUCAAAGAAAUCUACCUCCACCCAAUGGUACGCGACGCCCACGGCCGUAAAAUGUCCAAAUCUCUAGGCAACGUGAUAGACCCAGUGGACGUAGUGCGAGGAGUCACCCUGGAACAGCUCCAUGCACAGCUGGCUGACUCCAACCUGGACCCUAAGGAGGUGGACAGGGCCAAGCAGGGGCAGAAGCAGGACUAUCCUAAUGGGAUACCCGAGUGUGGGACUGAUGCGCUUAGGUUUGCUCUGUGCGCGAUGACACAAGGCCGGGACUUGAACCUGGAUAUUCUCCGAGUGCAGGGCUACCGGUUCUUCUGCAACAAGCUGUGGAACGCCACCAAGUUCGCGCUGCUCUACUUCCCCAAGGACACCGUGUAUGAGGCACACACGGCGGCUUCAGCACAGUCCCCGGACCUAUCCCCAAUGGACAGAUGGAUGCUGUCCCGCCUGUCCCUGGCAGUGGACAGAGUGAACGGCGGGUUCGCGGCGUACGACUUCCCGGCCGCCACCACGCACUGCUACAACCUGUGGCUGUAUGACCUCUGUGAUGUAUACUUGGAAUACCUAAAACCAGUGUUCGCAUCAGGCACCGAAGCUCAGCAGGCUGCCGCGCGUCGCACUCUAUACACUGCACUGGAACUAGGACUGAAGCUGCUGAGUCCGUUCAUGCCAUUUGUCACUGAAGAGCUGUUCCAGAGGCUGCCGAGGAAGGAUACCAGCUGUCCUUCUAUAUGUGUGGCGUCUUAUCCUACGAACGAGGACACCCCCUGGCGUUCAGAAGAACUAGAAUCCAACGUGGACACAGUCCUCAAAAUGGUCCAUCUCAUCCGUUCCACUCGCUCCGAGUACAACAUUACGAACAAACAGAAGACCACGGCCCACCUCAUCAUCUCCCAAGACCUGAAGGUGGAAGACCUCAGGAACCUGUUCAGGAGUCUCCAGUCCUUGGCCAAUAGUGAGCUCUCGGAUGAACAGCCGUCUAUUGGAUGUUCGAUACUUACUGUGUCCGAUAAGAUUGAGGUGCAUCUGGUUUUGAAGGGCCUCAUCGACCCCCAAAAGGAGAUCGCGAAACUAGAAAAGAAGAAGGAGUCUUUAUCACAAACCAUAGCCAAGCUCCAACAGGCUAUGGCAGCCGAGGACUACACAACUAAAGUGCCGGCCGAAGUACAGAAGACUAACUCGGAGAAACUUGCGCAGUCGCAGGGAGAAAUCGAAAGGCUACAAGCCGCUAUGGAAACGCUGAAACUUAUGUAGUACCUUCCUGUAUGAAAAUUAGCAGAUUUUUUGUCACUAAUAACCGGUUAAAUAAAGAUGUUUUAUUUCAUCAAAGCAUAUUACCAUAUUUUUGUGUAAAUGUAUGGCCAAUUUCUUCAGUAGAUUUUCAACCUUAUCACAAUAGAGAAAGGUAUUAUACAAAUUCUAUGUAUUGUCUUUGUAUAACUUAAUGAUCCAAUCACUACUGAGCGCUCCCGUACUUACACAACAAGUAAACAUUCGCUUUCGUGAGAUAAAACGUCCAUAAUUUUGAAAUUUUAGCAAUCUUUGACUAGCUUCAGUUAUCACUUUUCAAUCUGAAGUUAGCUGGAGUAAGAUAACACUGUUCUCGUUUUGAUAGUUUCUGUGUCCUUAUCGUACUAGUGUCUUAGAAGUGAGAUAGAUUAUACUUUUGCACCAUUUGUUAAGCUGUAAAAAGUUUAUGAAUAAUAAGUUUUGCACUGCCGAUGUUGUCCUGUUGUCUUUAUAGCUACGUCGCUAGUUUUGUAAGAAAUAGGAUUGCUUUUAUAUUUUCUAAGCGAAUUGUAGCUCAAAUUUUAUGAUACAGAGAUAGUAAAUAGUAGUAAAACAAUUCAUUAUGAACUUUAUGUAUUCGGUUUUAGGCACAUAAUUGUGUAUUUUUCUUUUCAAUAUUUUUCCCUGCGUCUAUAGAAUAAUUUUGUAACUCUUACAGUGAGUCAAGCAAGUGAUACCAAUAAUUUGUCCCGUUUUUAAGUAAAAUGUCUUAUUUAUUGCUUUUAUUUUAAUAAAAUAUGCUUACUUAAUAA